AUGCAGUACAAAUUGUUCAACAAAAUCAUCCAAGCUCCAAAGAAGUUGUUUUAUCUCUCCAGAAAAGAAGAGGCCCCGAAAACAGUCUGGAAGCGUAGUUACAAAAAGGCCAUCUUACGCUCUUUGGCCAGCCUAAAUUUCAAGGGCUACUUCUGGGGUUCGAGGGUGGCUGGCAAUGCCGACCGAUACACCCAACAAGCGGCCGUUCUUGGUCUUCAAGUAGCUGCAAAAGCACUUGAGCUGGUCAUUGGGUCUUCGCUUAGCUUAACAAUCAUUGAUAUUGUCCGCUUUAUGCUCACACGGAGCGACCAUGGUUUGCCGUUAGGUAUGGCUCCAGCAGGCCAAAGCUUUACUACAAUCAAGUAUUUUUUCACAUUCAAGUUCUGGGGUGCAGUUAAAGGUCUUCCACGGAGUUUGGGAACUUGGUUCAUCUGUAUCUGGCUUAUUUCGUCUGGCGUUAUUAUCGCAUUGGUUGGACCAGCUACUGCUCUUCUAGUCGUACCGACAGGUCGAGCCGCUUGGCAGGCGGGCGCUGCGUACUUCAAUGCAGUUGGCGAUAAAGCGACUCUAUUCCCAGUGAACUUGGACGGAGAUUCCGACGGAGGGCCUUUGUGCCGCUCACCUUCCAUACAAAGAUUGAACAGGCCCGCGAGAGAUGACUUGGGCUGCCCUUGGUCAGGAUACCCCACCAUCCUGGCAGCACUUACUCAAUGGGCAAGUAAUUUGAUGGUGUACCCAGGAUACCCAAUCCCGUUUUUCGAGUGGCAGCAGGAAAGGCACGUUCUUCAGAACCCCCGAGCUCCGGGCCACGCCGCGGAGAGUUGGACGAUAGCAUCACAGCCAGCAUUUAAUGUAUGGAGUGGCAGCUUGGACCUUGCAUGGCGCGGCGCAAUUACCAAUGUCGGGCAGUUGUCGCCAGCGGCAAACUUCAAAUUCGCUACUGGCAAGACUACUUAUAUUCCCACUAGUUUCCCAGCUGUCCGAACUGUUUGCCAUUACCAAGGCGGUCUAGAAAGCAGGCGAGAUUUCAAAUUUCCACUAGUUGAGCCGUUUCAGAUCUGGACAGGAAGACUGUUCACGUUGCCAAAGGAGCUUGCCCCUACCACGUUGACGGGGAUCGAAUGGAUCAGCAUGCCCAAAAUCCAAGUCCGUGCAGCCGAUAAUAGCGCCAUGGUUAACGCUUACGGGAGUGCUCUCUUAGUAGCCCAAGUACCAAAAGGCCCAAAUGGUGUCCCUGCUUCAUUAAUGACAUGUUGCAUUGAUGCGCGCUGGGCCCCAGGUGUGGUCAUUGCCGAUGGUGCUAUUAGGCCGGUUCUUGACCCCAAUCAUCUCCGUCAGCCCUCAGGAAAGCUUGCCGGUUAUGAUGAGUCUGGCAGUCUUCGUCCCAAAGAUGACGGAUCGUGGCAACAAAUUACCAUCGAGCCAAAAUGGCUCCAUACCCUAACGCCAGUGAUGGAAAAUGCGGACGGAAAAUGGAACACGAUGACCCCUUUAUUCGAAGCUUCCGGUUUAAUUAAUGGAACCGUGAAGUUCCCUAACCUUGAGACAGUCUAUGGUAUCGCGGAGAGUGCCGUAUCAACCCUAGUUGCAGACGGCGUAUCCAGAAUUGGGAUACGUUACCAAGUCGGGAACCCAACAAUCGAUGCUUGCUUCGUAGAUCCGAAGGACUAUGGGAACUUUUUUUCAGGUGCCCCAGAGAACCCUUCAUAUACAUACCCGCCGCCGUAUGGUGUAAGCAACACAAACCAGACGAGGAUGCGCUGGUAUAUUACUAUACCCGGGCUCUCUUACAAGGCAGAUAAUGCUGCAAGCCGGCUUGCCUUGUCGCUUCUCUUCAUUUAA